ACUUUUUGAAACAGAUACAGAACUCCUUCAUAAUCUUCAAAGAAGUUGAAAAACUUUCUACAAACCAUAAAUGGCUCGAAUUGCAGCAUUUCUGACAUUUAUCCUCUUACUUUCUACAUCCGCCAUGUCUCAUAGACAACGAGAUUCCAUUGAUUGUCUGAAUGUGGUAGCCUACUUCAGCUCAUGCGUGGAAUUUCUCAAUGGACAUGUGCACGAACCGACAUGGAAUUGUUGUAUGGGAAUCCAAGAACUCAAUAGGUUGGCAAAGCAGAAUCAUAGUGCACAAAGAAUCUGCCAGUGCAUUGAGCUUAUUGGAAAAACAGAAGAUCCUCCUUUUCUUCUUGCCAGUAUCCAUGCUCUUCCAAUUAAGUGCCAUACACAUCUUAGUUUCCCCAUUUCAAUUAAAAAGGAUUGCUCCAGAAUCCCAUAAAAUGAUGAAUUAUGCAGAAGAUCUCUUGUUACAGACUGCAAUAUGAAGCCAAUAAGAUGAAUAAAGGAACUCUCCAAGAAAUUGCAUAUUAUUACUCUAGAUUAGAAAGAUACCAAAAAAAAAAAGUGUACUUUGAAUUAUUAUGCCUCCAUUCUGUUAUUCCAUGGUUAGAUAUUGUCAGAUAUAACUGCAAAAAUUUACGGUUGUGUUUUAGAAAGAAAGUUUCAGGCUCAAAGAGGUAGUUCAACACGGCUUCCAAGGGCCAAUAGAUCAAUGUUAUAAUUAACUGCUCUAAACGAUUAGCUUUCCGAAUUAUACAUACUAAUUAAAACACACAAUUAAGCAAUUUACGAAACA